AUGGCGGGUAAUGCGUUUGUUACAUUGUUUAACUUGAUUCGAAUCAAGGAGGAGGACCAUAACGGCCGAAGAACGAACCGGUGGGCCAAUGCGGACAUUCUGCCAGUCUUACCUGAGAACCGCAACUAUACCAUCAAGACGUACAUGGGAUUCUGCCGGGCUGCCUUUGGGAUGUAUGGAAGUUACUUUGUUGUGGUCCUCAAGUGUUUCGGUAACAUCAUCUACAGCGGCAUUCAAUGCUAUUGGGGAGGCAUAGCGAUCCGGGUAAUGCUCUCCGCAAUUUUCCCGAGCUAUCAUAGGAUGCGCAACACACUCCCUGAAGGGGCGAAUAUAACGACUAACGACCUCAUUGGCACAAUGAUCUACUGGGUUGUGUUUGUUGGAAUGUUAUGCGUUCCUCCUCAUAAGCUCCAGGGUUUCUUCCUUACUAGUUUUAUCGGAGUUAGCCUCACAAUUAUUGGUAUGUUUAUCUGGGCUAUGGCGGCGAACCACGGGGCCGGUGACCUCGUCGCCCCGACCCUGAAAUUGAGCUCUGGAGACACUGCCUUUCAAUUCAUUCAGGCCGUUUGCACUAUGGCUACAACCUACUGCGGCGUUAGCAUCCGCCACGCGGACUGGACGAGAUAUACGAAAACGCCCUCUGCCGCUCGUUGGGGCAUCUGGGUCGGGUGCCCGUUGAGCGUUAGUGUGGCUGCCAUGUUUGGAAUAUUUAUAACGAGUGCCACUCGAAGCAUCUACGGCCAGAUAAUCUGGCAGCCAAUGACGCUGCUAGCUCAUAUCCAAAAAGUAGACUACAGCGCUACUACUAGAGCCGGCACUUUCUUUGCAGGCCUUGGUUGGUUUAUGAGUCAACUUGCGGUUCGUAGAACCUUAGCCCAUCAUGACAUGUGGCGUAUACUGACGCAAAAUUAG